CAUCAAAAAAACGGCAUGCAGUCAUUUUUUUGCAAGCCAUCAAGAAACGGCACGUAGUCUAAAUUCGUAGGCAGAGAACUAAAGAUCAUCGAGAUUCGAUAAAGAUUACAUUUUCCGUUCCGUUAGAAUCUUUGCUUCCCUCUACUUCAUCGCAGUGUUAACUGCUCCUUUUUUUUCCCGGUGGCGCGAUUCUAAUCUCCGGCGACUUCUCCGAUUUCAUCGUCGCUAUGAGUAAAAGAGCCGCGGAAGAAAUGACUCCUUCAUUGGAGAGCAGUAAAACCGGACCAGACGUUUUUGGCUACUAUAGAACUCAAGUAGAAGAGCUCUUGUCUCAAAAAGAGAAGAUCCCUCAUCAUAAACAUGUGGAUACUAAGAAGUCUUCUACUGAGAUUAUAGGAGCUGAGUUGUCGGAUCUCAAAAAGGAGAAGUUGAAUGCAUUGUUAAGGCAGUGUGUGUUGGAUUCGACUCCAGAAGUUGAUGAGAUGCAGUCGCGUGUUGAUUCAUUGCAUCUGAUGUCUCAGUUGAGUAAUAAAAAACCGUCAACCUUACCUACCGAUGCUGAGUCUGUGAUUCCUGAGGAUCCUUCGUUUAAAGAGGUGGAAGAUGAUAUACAAUUACUUAUGAAGUCUGAUCCUGGUCUUGUUAAGGAAAUAGUGGGCAAACAUUCAAGUGAUCUACUUGCCAGAUUGAAUGACGUGCAGCAGCAACUUGAGAAACUACUUGACAAUGUGGUAACCACAUGCAGUCUUAUCAACAGACCUAUGAGCCGUGGAGAGAAGCGGGAUCUUCAGAGAACAAUUAAGGAAUUACCUGGAGAAAAUCUUGAACGCGUUGCUGGAAUCAUCAAAAACCACUAUGUAGCUUUGGGCAAAGAAAUGCCUGAUGAUGUUUUCGUCAUCAACAUGGAGGAGGAGGACAACAUACUGCUUUGGAGAUUGCAUUAUUUUGUCGCCGCAGUCAAGAGUGCAAGGAAACUCGCUAGCUGAGUAGUACAGAUACAUAUAUACUCAACUCCUUGUCCCAGAUUGUGAGUAUAUUAGGAAAUGACAAGGAGAAAACCUGGUACCCAUUGUAUUAAACUCGGGUUAUCUUACAAUUUUGACUACAAAGAUCCCACCAGUUUUGGUUCAGUACAUGGAUUAAGGGAAAUACAAAAGAAGAUGAUUUUGUUUGUUUUGA